AUGCGUCUUAGCUUCGCACUUGCGUGUCUACUCGAGGCAGGUUCGGCAUUGUCAACAGUGAAUCGCAAAGCAUGCCAGCAACCUACAAGGGAUCCUCUAGAUGGCUGCCCAAAGAACACGUUACUGGUCGGGCCUGGUCAGAAGUACACAACUGUCCAGUCUGCGAUCCUGGGUCUUCCAAACAAUACAGCUACGUCGCACAUCCUCGUCCUUCCUGGCAACUACACCGAGCAAGUCAACGUCACCCGUCCGGGCCCAGUGUACCUUUUCGGUCAGACGAAGUUCCCGAACGAUCAGAGCAAGAACGCGGUCAACAUCAUUUGGAGCAAUGCUACUGGUAGUAGCAUCACACCCAACAUCGACAACGCCUAUACAUCUACACUCACAGUAGCACCUACCUUCAAUUCUAGCACGACUGGUAGUGGCCCUACUGGCAACCCCGUCCCAGCCGACACACCGUUCGGAAACACGGACUUCAGAGCAUACAACUUGAAUUUUGUCAACGACUACAGGCCAUAUGCUGCUGGACCAGCACUUGCUGUGUCGGUGAGCUACGCCAACACUGGCUUCUACUUCUGUGGUUUCUACUCGUACCAAGACACGGUAUACAUAGGAAAGCUUGGCAACGCCUACUUCUAUAAGAAUGAAAUCGCUGGCCAAACUGACUUCUUCUAUGGCUUCGGCACUGCAUGGAUCCAGUCUAGUCUUGUGACUCUUCGUAACUGUGGCGGCGGCAUCACAGCUUGGAAGGGCACCAACACCACUUUCGUGAACAAAUACGGUGUCUAUAUCCAUGACUCCAAGGUUCAAAAGGCGAACGCAUCCCUCGCACUGACUGGAAAGUGCGCUCUUGGCAGACCAUGGAACGCUCUGCAUCGCUCCAUCUUCGCCAACACCUACCUCGAUGACUCCAUCCAGCCUAACGGCUACAUUGAGUGGAGUGCUUCCGAGCCCCGCGUGAACGCUAACACCACCAUGGCCGAGUACAAAACUUACGGGCCUGGUUUCAAUGCCACUGGGAGAGCAGCAGGCAACGUUACCAUUGUAAUGAACAAGAAGCAGUACGAGCCGUACUCAACGGUCGAAAAAGUCUUCCAGUACCCUUUCACCAGCAAGGGUGGAAACACAGCGUGGAUCGACACUUAUCCCGAACGAUAG